GCGGCGGCGGCGGCGGCGGCGGCGGCGGCGGCGGCGUGGGGAUGGAGGCCCUGCGGGUCCUGGAGCUGUACAGCGGCAUUGGGGGUAUGCACCAGGCGCUGAGAGAAAGCUGUGUACCUGCACAAGUGGUGGCUGCCGUUGAUGUAAACACUGUCGCUAACGAAGUAUACAAGUAUAAUUUUCCUCACACACCGUUACUGGCCAAGACAAUUGAAGGUAUUACACUAGAAGAGUUUGACAGAUUAUCUUUCAAUAUGAUUUUAAUGAGCCCUCCCUGUCAGCCAUUCACAAGAAUUGGCCUGCAAGGUGAUAUGACUGAUCCAAGGACAAAUAGCUUCUUAUAUAUUCUAGACAUUCUCCCAAGGUUACAAAAAUUACCGAAGUAUAUUCUUUUAGAAAAUGUUAAAGGUUUUGAAGUAUCUUCUACAAGAGACCUGUUAAUAAAAACAAUAGGAAAUUGUGGCUUUCAGUACCAAGAAUUUCUGUUGUCUCCAGCCUCUCUUGGCAUUCCAAAUUCAAGGCUACGGUAUUUCCUUAUUGCAAAGCUUCAGUCAGUGCCAUUCCCUUUUCAAGCCCCUGGUCAGGUACUGAUGGAGUUCCCCCAAACUGAAUCUGAACAUCGACAAAAACAUGCGAUAGAUGCAGAAAAGAAAACUGAAGAAAAGAAAAUUGAGCCAAAUAUAUGCUUUGAUAGCAGCACACAAUGUUCUGGAAAAGAGGCCAUUCUUUUUAAGCUUGAAACUGCGGGUGAAAUUGACAGGAAACAUCAACAGGACAGUGAUCUCUCUGUGCGAAUGCUGAGAGAUUUUCUUGAAGAUGACAUUGACAUAAGUUCAUACUUUUUACCACCAAAGUCAUUGCUGCGAUAUGCUCUUUUGUUAGACAUUGUUAAGCCCACAUCCAGAAGGUCCACAUGCUUUACAAAAGGUUAUGGACGCUACAUAGAAGGGACAGGAUCUGUGCUGCAGACCGCAGAGGAUGUGCAGAUUGAGACUAUCUACAAAUCCCUUACCAAUUUGUCACAAGAAGAAAAGAUAACAAGAUUGUUAAUGCUUCAACUUCGAUUUUUCACUCCUAAGGAAAUAGCAAAUCUCCUUGGAUUUCCUCCAGAGUUCGGAUUUCCUGAGAAGACAACAGUCAAACAGCGUUAUCGUCUACUUGGAAAUAGUCUCAAUGUGCAAGUAGUAGCUCAACUAAUCAAAAUCCUAUGUGAAUAAUUUUUAAGUAACUCUGAAAGAUGGUGGCAGUAUUCCAUUAUAUCCAGAUAAUAAUUCUGAAAUUCUUUUUUGAAUUAAUAUUGACAAAAUUCAACUAAAUUAUCUUAUUCUCUCAUUAAUAAGAAUUUGGAUUUAUCAGGAAAAUGCCAUCUUGUUUCCUUAAAUUUAUAUUACUGUGUUUUGUAAGGUGAAAAUUAUUGUUAUGCUUUAGGAGAAUAUCUUUUUAUAUGAAAUUGUUAAAUAUAUAUGUAAAAUAUUACCUUUAUAAUAUUAUGGUAUAGACAAAUUUAGGAACAUUAGAAUUUUAAUAUCUACAUGAAUAUUUUGUAAAGUGUCAUAACAGGUGUACUAUAUGAACUUGAGAAACUGUAUAUUGUGUAUGUUAAUUAAAGAAGUUGCUUUA